AUGUCGUACGGGACGAUGGCACUGGGAGGAGGAGCAGGAGGAGGAGGAGAGAGGACAAGGAGAGUCGACAACAGGAGCAGAGUGUUCGUUGCUCUUGCCUCAGUUGCUGCUGCCCUGCUCGUCGUGCUCGUCGUUCUUGCGCCCAGUCGCCGCACACAGCUCAUGGCUGCUAGGACACAAUCACUUGGGGAGGAAGCAGAUUGGAAGCCUAGAAGUUGGAGCUCCUCCCACGUUCGCACUGUCAUGUCUCAGCACCUUGACGACCAAACUGUCAAGAACAUUUGGCAACAGCCCGGGGAGGCCUGGAAAGGAAUCGAUGAUAUCCUCCCAACCACUGGAAAGUAUGCCUAUCAAGAGAACCACGAUCUAAAUGCAAACGAAGCGAAGCUUCUCAACUACCUGCAACAUGCUCGCAAGAGAAUCCAUCAGAUUGAGAAGAGAUUGCCUGAGAAGUUGCCAUCGGGAAAGCUUGGAAAAGAGGUUGAGAAGAUGAAAGUCACGAUGGAAGCUCAAGACAAUGGCCUGUACUCUAUUGAGCAGCAGCUCAGGCAUGAGAAGGUGAUCAAGGCCAAGGCCCCUUCCUCUAUGCUUUCCCAGACAGCAACGCCCAAGGCAUCAAGGAGGGUGUUCGUUGACGAAGCCAUGUACGGGGAAGGGAUCCAAGGAGACAUCCGCUCUCAGGGACAUAAAGAGAGGAGCUGGUCGCGCAAGCAGGCUGCCAACGACAUGAACAAGUACUUCAACAAGCUCAACAAGCAGAUCUUGUCCAAAUCAGGUUACAAGUGGUCGACCACCCAGAAGCCUGGGGAGAUGGAUCGGUACUUCAAGUUCUUGAAUAAGAGAGACAACAAGAUCGAGUCACAGCACAAGAACAUUCUGAGGCGUGAAGGGUACUUCCAAACCCACCCGGACGAAGCCAAGUGAGACCCAGGAGUCUGACCCCGAAGCUGAUUGCAUGGGAAGAAAUAGAGUUAGAACCUGAUACGGUUUGAUAGCAGAAUGCCCAAAUGAAUCAAGUAACUGCC